GCGAUAUAAUCUACUGCGACGUCCAGAGAGUUUCCCCUUUUGAAUAGCGAGGCGGUACGGCGGAAGGGGAGCGUAGUGCAGCUAUGUUCAGUUAGAUAUCUGUAUUGUUUAUUUGCCUUCUCCUCCACUGACUUAUGUAGCGUGAUGCCAUCGUCCGAGCCGGUCCGCCUGGGUCGGAAGCGCAAACUGUCCCCGUGUCCAAACCCCCUUUUCCUGUGCUGGCUGACCGAGCUGAGGGACCAAGCCAGAGAAAGGGGGCUGAAAACACAACACGUCUACCAGAAGGCCAUCAGCUCUUUGAAGAAGUACCCUCUUCCUCUAAAAAACGGCAGAGAGGCCAAGAUCCUGCAGAACUUCGGCGACGGGAUUUGCAAACUCCUGGAUGAUCGGCUACAGAAGCACUACAAGGAGCACGGUACCGAUGCCCCUAUCCACUCCCAGCCCAGAAGUGGUGCUCUACGGCGCAGGCAUAGUCAACACAUGGCUUCUACCGCACUUCCCUCUGAAACCCCCAGAAAGUCCACAGGGAAGAAGGGGAGCAGGGCCCCAAAGCGACUCCCGGGUGAUGGAGGGAUUGAGAAAGGAGGCAGGAAGAGGAGAGAGUACGUACCACAGAAACGCUCCGGUGGCUACGCUGUCCUCCUCGCCCUCUACAGGCACUGUCAGAUUCCUGGAAGCAAAGGCUAUCUGUCCAAGCUGGACCUGCAGAGAGAAGCUCAGCCGCUGUGUGACACGUCCUUCACUGUGCCCAGUUUGGGCAGUAAGUACACGGCCUGGUCAUCGGUGAGCACACUCUUACAGAGGGACCUUCUGCUGAAGACUCACAAUCCAGCCAGGUACUCACUGACAGAGUUAGGCAUGGCUUUGGCACAGCGACUGGGGUCCAGCGACAAGGAGGGGGAGCAGCAGCAGACAUCUGGAGAUCAGGAAGACGUGUCCCUGGGCCCCCCAGCUACUAUAGAUUUGACAGAGGAUGAGCAGGAGGAGGACUGUACCGCACACAGACCGGAACCCAUUGUAACUGUGGCCCAGAAGCAAAGUGUGGAGGCUGCGAUGAGUAUCUCAGGAAAACCCCAGGCUGCAGGCCCUGUCAUGAGGGUAGCUGACGGCAUCCUUCUGCCAGGCGGCUAUGACAUCAUACUAUGUGUGGACUUCAUUGAGACGACAGGGUCACUGGUGAAACUGUAUCGUCCUCCUGCCCCUCCUCCAGGUCACCUGCGGCCACCCCCGGCCAGAGAGCUGGUCCUCGAUUACGUGAUAGAGCGGAAGCGGAUCGACGACCUGUGCGGCAGCAUCAUCGACGGGCGUUUUAGGGAGCAGAAGUUCCGGCUUAAGAGGUGCGGCCUGCGGCGACCUGUGUACCUGGUGGAGGAGUGCGGAUCUGCGGCCGCCCACCUGAGCUUACCGGAGAGCACGCUGCAGCAGGCCAUCGUAAACACACAGGUGGUGGACGGCUUCUUUGUGAAGAGGGUGCAGGACGUGAGGGAGUCGGCAGCUUACCUCACCAUUAUGACGAGGUACCUGCAGAAGCUGUACCAAAACAAGACUCUAGUCUGCCGGCCGAAGGAGAAGGAGGAAGAGGAAAAAGGGGCAAGUGAGAGGGUGUGUUUGGGGAAGGAGAGAGGCCAGGAGGACCCAGCAUGCUCUCUGCUUUCCUUUGCCGAGUUCAAUGAAGGAGCUGUUAAAAAUAAGUGCCAGACCGUGAGGGAGGUGUUUGCCAGGCAGCUAAUGCAGAUCAGCGGUGUGUCUGGUGACAAAGCUGCAGCCAUUCUGGAGCACUACGGCACUGUGAGCAGUCUGCUACAAGCCUAUGAACAGUGUUCCAGUGAUGCAGACCGAGAGAAGCUCCUCUCCUCUGUAAGAUACGGAAAAUUAAAAAGGAACAUCGGACCUGCCCUGAGCCGCACCAUCUACCAGCUGUACUCUACCCCAGGAGCCCUCUCAUAGUUUGGCUAAUUUUGCCUUUAACGCACAAUAAGCUGUCUCCCUGUGAUAUUGUCAUGUGUAGCAGUUUAAUGCACCAAUCAUUGUAAUACAAAGAAUUUUUUGUAGAUGUUUUUAUAGUAAUAAAAAAAUCUAUUAAACCCCAG